AUGGGCGUCUCCACCACCGCCAUCGUCCACUCUAAAGCUAACCAACUCUUCCACAAAGGCGCAAAGAAACUCGGCAUCCAUGUCGAUCUCAUUCCCCAGAACACGGCGGGAAAGGCACACGACUGCGGGAUGUGUCAGCGAGGAUGCGCGGCGCAGACCUGGCUGAAAGACUGUGCCGAGGCGGGCGGGAAGUUCAUGGAGCGAAUGCGGGUGGAGCGGGUGCUGUUCUCGACGGAGCCGCAGCCGGAGCAGAUCCGUACGGAUCCGAAGGAGAGCAGUGCGGAGGGGCGUGGGCGACGAUAUGCGGUGGGCGUGCUGGUGCGCGACGCGACGAGCGGGCGCCGGAUGGUCGUCCGCGCCCGCAAGGCCGUCGUCUGUGCCAGCGGGGCCAUCAACACGCCCGCCCUUCUCCUCCGCAGCGGGCUCACUCUUAACGGGGCCGUCGGGAAGGGAUUGCAUGUCCACCCGGUGACCGCGGUCACCGGAUGGUUCGACGCCCCUGUGCGGCCAUGGGAGGGCAGCAUCAUGACCCUGAUCUCGUGCGAGCUCGAGAACCGCCAGGGCACCCAUUACGGAUGCAAGCUCGAAGUCUUUGCGUCCAACCCGGGCUUCUACGCGGCCCUGUUCGUCCCGUGGCGCUCGAGCGCGUCGCACAAGGCGCACAUGGCCCGGUACGCCCAGAGCUUCACCAUCGUCGUCCUCGCCCGGGACAAAGGCGCGGGCCGGGUCUCCCUGGACCCGGACGACGGCGACCAGCCGCUCGUCGACUACGCCGUCCACCCCUUCGACGCCGACAGUCUGCGCGAUGGCAUCCUCCUCGCCUGCCGCACCCUGCGCGCCGCCGGCGCCAUCGAGAUCGCCUCCACCCUGCCCGCCGUGCCCCACUUCGUCGCCGACGCUCGCCAGGCCCCCGACCACGCCGCCCGUCGCUUCGAGAAAUGGCUGGCCCAGAUCCGCGCCGCGGGCGUCAAGCCCGGCCACGGCGUCCUCGGCUCCGCCCACCAGAUGAGCUCGUGCAGGAUGGGCUCCAAGCCAUCGGACGGCUCUGUCGUCGACGGCCACGGGAAAGUAUGGGGCCACGAGAAGCUGUGGGUCGCCGACGGCUCGGUGUUGCCGACGGCGACGGGCGUCAAUCCGUCCAUUUCAAUCAUGAGCGUCGCCCAUCACAUCGGCUCCCAGCUCGUCAAGCAUCUGGAUGGCCAGGACCACGCCCGCAACGGGACUGGUGUGACCGCCUCGAAGCUAUGA